AAAAAGUAACAAACAAAAACCAGUGUAAACAAAUAGUAUUUUUGCCAAAUUAAAAGCAAAAAAUACGGCGAUCUAAAGAAGAUUUAUUCAGAUUGCAGCAUGGCAAAUCAGGAAAGCCAGUUGAAUAUUACUGAGGAGGAAUUGGAGAGAUUUCAAAAGGCCAUGAAAAAUGAGGAAUUUCGAAAGAUGUUCAGUGAAUAUGCUCAAGAAAUCUCCAAUCCAGAAAAUAAGAAGAAAUAUGAAGAGGAAAUUGCACAGCUUGAAGCUGAGAGAGGAAUGGAUGUGAAAUUUAUAAAUCCACAGGAUGGACUGGUUGUGAAGACAUCGAUUAAAAGCAAUGCUGAAAACAUGAAAGCUUUCAUCAAUAUAUGUCAGAGUGAUGCUGUUACUAAGGCAACUUGUGAGGAAAGCAACAAAACUGUUGAUGAAAGAAGUGUCAAAGGACAGCAGUGGUCAAUACCGUACAGUUUAAAUCAACCUAGGGAAGAUUUAGACAAAGCGGGAAAGAAAUGUAAAGUUUAUGAUGUCAUUUUUCAUACAGAAACAUAUAAAAUGGGACAAGAGGAUCCUCGUUUUAAACAGCUUAUUUUUGAUACCGCGUUUGACGCAAUUGAGAGAAAUUGGAGUGUCAAAGUGGACAGAAAAAAUUUGAAAUAUCCGAAAAUAAAAUUCAAAGGAACGAAAACAUCAAGCGUUAUACGAACGGCUAAUGACAAGGGCGUAAAAACUAGCGGAGCAGACAUUGAGAUUGGGGGCAAAAAACUACCGUAUCCGUAUAAAGAUAAGCCAAUAGAAUGUACAGAAAAGACGAAUGAAGCGUCAAAUGAUAUUGCCGAUGAUUCAAUCGACCGUUCCUCUACACCAGAAUAUUCCAUCGUGCAUCGUGGACAUUUGGAUCUUCAGAACUUUACCAACGCAAGAGAUUCAAGAACCAGUACCAGACCUCAGGAGUUGGUCGUAAAUAUAGAACUACCACUUUGUGCGACAUCCUCAGGAGUUGAUUUGGAUAUUUUUGAGAAGAAACUAAUACUUGACAGUUCUGAUCCCAAAUAUCAUUUGGACGUAACUCUUCCAUACCCUGUCAACGAAGACGAAGGACGCGCUCAGUUUGAUAAAAGCAAGAGAAGACUCAUCGUGACCUUGCCCGUAAUACCUGCACCACCUGCCGUUCUAAACGGAUACGCGGAUAGCGAGGCUGCGGACACCAAAGGGAACGGCUUGGUGACUGAAAUCGCUGACGGUGAUCAAGACUGCAGCUCGCCUGUUGUGAGUGAGGGUGUAGCUUGUUCUGGUAAUAGCGAUAGUGUUGGUGACCACAGUGGUGGUAAUGUUGAUGAAGGGAUUGGUGUUAUUGGCGAUGAUGGUACCAGUACCAAGACUAGCGGUCAUAAUGGUGCCAGCAAUUGUGAAAUUAUCGGUGAUAAACGUGAAAGUGGUGGUUCUAAAAACAUUGAAAAUGGGUUAAACAAUUUACAGGCUGAUACUACAGACGUACUCCAGAGCGCUUGCACAGGUGCAAAUGAAGAACAACGAACAAAAAGCAAUUCAGGUGUCACAUGUCCGGUCUUCACGACUCCUCCGUAUUCAUUUCAUCAAAAUAAUGAAUGUGUCACUUUCGUUCUUCACGUUCCUAAUGUUUCCCUGGAUACCAUGUCACUGGGAUUUAAUGGAAAUAAGUGUUGUAUUAACUUCCCUUCGACGUCCAUCACGGCGACAGAUUUUCUUUCCCCUGGCUACGCUUUACACGUUCAAUUUCCGAACGAGUGUCUGAUCGAUUCCGAGAAAUCAACUGUUGAUUUAAACGAGACAAACUUGGUGGUGGUUCUGUACAAAAAGGAGAACUGUGUUGGAAUGUGGCAAUGGUGUAUGAUUGGUUCAGACGAAUCCACACUACAGAAGAAAUUGUUUUUGACCGAAGAGACUUUGAAAGAUUCAUUGAAUGAAGUUAAAGAUGAGUGGCAGGUGAACGAACCAAUCACUCUGAGGCACAAAAUCGAAAGUUGCAGCGACGAGGAAUCCGUGAUUCGCGUCGACAUCCGGCGGGAAAACAGCGCGGUCGUUGCCGAGGAUAUGGGAAAUGUUUUGACAAAUGUCGACGACAUUUUGUUUAGCGAAGUUAAAGAUGGUGGCAGCGAUGCAGUGUCUGAGGAUGCAGUGCAGUGCACAGACAACACCAGUGAGGAUUUAAAGAGAGAUACAGCGGACACAAAAAACGAUCCAGUGAUAGUGAAUCAUGCCGAUCUUAAAGAGGUGGAAGUGAUCGAUGAGAUUUAUGAUGACAAUGAUGUUCUGAACGAACCCACGAGACUUAGCACAGUGCAAGAAGACGAUCUGGCGGAUGAGGUGAAAAACGAAACUACGUCGGGCAAUGCCGAAUUGCAAAAAGCGCGUGCCAUUAAGUGCCGGAAAAACCGUCGCCGACGUCGACGGAGUACGGGCAGCCACGAUCAGUCGUCGUCGGUAAGCGAGGAUGAUGAUGGGUCCACGAGACGCGGAAAACAGCGCGAAAAACACGCGAGACGUUCACGCAUGUCGCGGUCACUUUCUUUCGGAAGCAGCGCAGACUCACACGAUGAUUAUGAUGCGGAACACAACGGACAUCGUGUGCGAUUCAAUCCCGUGCCAGAAGUCCACGUGUUCAGUAAUAGGGCCGACAAAAGGAAAUGGAAAGAAUUAAGGAAACAGCAAUUACUAAAUGGAAGCUCAGAAUUGGAGAGAACCCAACGGGACAAAACGAACAAUGACACGAUUUGUAAAUUGAAAUCCUCGUUGAAAGACACUCGUUCCAGUGCCAGCUCAGAUGAUGGAAACGCUAAAGAAUUGACUAAAGACAUUAUCGGUGAUGGUGAUGAUCAUGAUAUUGACGAUAAUCAAGAUGGUAAGGAUCAGAAUGGCGAUAAUGAUGAUAAUGAAGAUGACAUUGGUGGAUCGUUUGUUAAAGUUGAAAAACCAGAGCUAACCAACCAGUUGAUAUUUGACUUAGACGAUUGAUUCUAAAUUUCUUGUGAUUCAUACUGCGUUUGCAAAUUUUUUUCAAUGUGAAUCGGUGGUUCAGUGAGAGAGUGUAGCUCUAACGCUCUAGCAUGAAGCGACUAUUGUGAACUUGAGAACUGUUCCACAUGUUUUUUGGUCUGUGUAAAUGCGGGUGAAACUAAGAAGCUAGUGUGUUUUAACUUUAGUUAACCAGCAGUGCAAGAUUUUACUAUUUUACGAAGGUGACGCAAGCACUAUGGAAUUGGCUUUUGAUUGUGAAGUUGUCAAACUUUUUCGCUGCGAUAAACGCAGAAUUUUCAGUGAAAUAUUUUAAAAAUGAGUUGAACGAUACUGUCUAAAACUUAGCUUGGUCCCGUUUAAUAGUGCUUGUCCUGGUUCCUAGCCUCUGCUCUCAGAAAAUCAGCAGUACUAGGACGAAAAUGUGUAAACUAUGGUUGAGUCCUGACUGUCUGAUACGAAUCUGAUUGUUUUUUACCCGAUGUUAAAAAACAUUUUUCGUCUUGAAGAGAAAUGUAGCGAAGCUUAUUUCUUAUGAAAUAAACGUCUGUGAAA